AUGCAUUCGCUCCUGUUUAUUGCCAUCUCCCUCUGGUGUGUUUCUGUAACUGCGGCUGCACCACCAUUAAUACUUCCUACACCAAAGGGCCCAUACGAGGAAAAACUUGUAGAAUACGGCGCUUACAACGGGACUGUACUGCAAGGAUUUCUCGUUUACCAUAAAUCACUCUUUCCAAAGAAAGCCACGCCAGCCGUAAUUGUUUUCCACGCUUUCACUGGCAGGACUGAAUUCGAAAACCAGAAGGCUCGUGAUUUGGCAAAGCUUGGAUACGUUGCCUUUGCUGCCGAUGUCUAUGGCAAGGGAGUGGCCACGAACGACACCAAUGCAAAUUUUGCCAUUAUGGGACAGCUUCUGGCCGAACGUACCACAACACUUCAGCGAAGAGUUCGAGAAGCAUGGAAUUAUGUGAAAAGCUUGCAGUUCGUCAAAGAUCAGAAGAUAGCAUGUACCGGUUAUUGCUUUGGUGGGCUGACUUGCUUGGAUCUGGCACGAUUCAAUGUAGGUUUGCAGGCGGCAGUCUCAUUCCACGGAACAUUGACCAACUAUCCAGGAAACAACACCUCUAUUGGAGCCUCAGUUCAAGCACAUCAUGGCGACAUUGACCCUCAUACUACCAAUCAGAACGCCGCCGAAUUUCUUGACGAAAUGAGAGCACGACAAGCGGAUUGGCACUUCACCUCGUAUGCCGAUGCUCAACAUGCAUUUACCGUGCCAGGAGCAGCAAAUUGGGGAAUUCCCGGUGCCGCAUACGACCAAAAAGCCGAUAAACGAGCACACAGUGCCAUGGAAGUAUUUCUUGCAGAGAAACUUCUCAGCUAAUUUGAUUCGCCUUCAAUGCCUUCUGCUAUUUAUUUAAUAAAUUCCUUGCAUGUCUG